AUGACAAUGGCCUCCGAUGGCCUGAACCACCAAGGUGGCAUUGCCUUCAUCAUCGACGCAAGCACUCUGGAGAUGAUCACGAACUAUGGCCAAACUUCCGGGCACUCCUUCGCCAACAGCCUCCUGAAAUCCAACGAGGCUGGCUUCUACAUCGGCAUGGACUUGGGGGACAACUACCCACGCGGCGUGAACCUCUGGGAGCUGAAGGCAGCUGAGAAGCAGAAGAAGUCAAAGCUGGUGUACAAGUUCAAGACAAGGCACGGCACCAACCCUACCAGUCCCGCUGGCACGGCCUACGAUGAGUACACGGAGAUAUCAACCAGUGAGAAGAAGUUUUACAAGUGGAGCAACGACAACUAUUGCUAUACCGAGCUGGCGCAUCCGGGCAUUCACGAGAUCGGCAAUGAGUCAAUUAUCAUCUUCUUCGCAGGUGAGAACCCCCCCUUGGACAACAGUCAGACGGGCGAAGUGAUGAAUGCGGCGCGGAACGUUGGCUGGGUCAAGAUCUCUCGCGAUCUCAGUAGCGACACGGUGCUGUCGCCGGGAGAGGUGGAGACGGGGGGCUUCUAUACCUUCGGCGGGGGGUGGUCUGAACAGACCAACCAGGGCAUCAGCUUUCUGACCUCCUACACG